AUGCACUUUUCAGGAUUCAAGACUGGGUACAACCCUUGCUCUCUCUCUCUCUCUCUCUUCCAGGUUCGCUUUGUAAACAGCACCUGGAUGUUUGGUAAGAUGAUGUGUCAUGUGAGCCGUUUUGCCCAGUACUGCUCUGUGCACGUGUCGGUGCUGACCCUCACUGCCAUCGCUGUGGACAGACACCAGGUCAUCAUGCAUCCUUUGAAGCCGAGGAUGUCCCUGGGGAAAGGGAUCAUCUGCAUUGCCAUCAUCUGGAUCAUGGCGACCUGCUUCUCUCUCCCGCACGCCAUUUACCAGAAGCUUUUCCGUGUUGAAUACAGCAAAGACAAGGUGCGGAGUUUCUGCCUCUACAACUUCCCCAGGCCAGCCGAGCUGUACUGGAAGUAUCUGGACUUGACCACCUUGGUCCUCCUGUACGUGCUGCCGCUCGCAGUCAUCAGCCUGGCCUACGCCAUGAUGGCAAAGAAGCUUUGGAUGCGCAACGCCAUCGGGGACGUCACGGUGGAGCAAUUUUUCGCCCACAGACGCAAGAAGAAGAUGACCCUGAAGAUGCUGGUGCUCGUGGUCCUGGUGUUUGCCGUCUGCUGGUUCCCAUUAAACUGCUACGUGGUCCUGAUCUCCAGCAGGGCCAUCCCCCCCAACAACGCCCUGUACUUCACCUUCCACUGGCUGGCCAUGAGCAGCACCUGCUACAACCCCUUCAUCUACUGCUGGCUCAACCACAGCUUCCGCACCGAGCUCAAGUCGGUCCUGAGCAUGUGCAGGAGGCGAGAGCCAUCCCACCCCCACGCCAGUCCCCGCAUCCCCCCUCCCUGCCGGCAGGCCUGGGUCAGGGGCAAACACCACAAGCGGGCCAGAGCGUCUCAGAGCCUGAGGUUCAACAGCACCGCUCACUCCCCCAGGACUGAUCUGUCCAUCGUAGCACCCAUUGUGACUGGGAGCUAA